CAUGUAACUCCAUUUUUUUCCACUUGUAAAACCAAACAUCCACUCUUGUCCUCUCUCUCUCUCCUCUUUCUCUCUCUCUUUCUUGCUUGAUAUUGUACCAACAUGGCUCCUAGCAAAUGGGGUUUCUCUUGUUAACAGUACAAGCACAUACAUCUUAAUUUCUUCUUCAACUACUACUACAAGGUGCAACUAUUACUUCUCAAGGAACUUAAUUCCUUUAGAUUUUCAAGAAAAGAAGGCGUGGAUUGCUUUUAUGACCAUGCAUACUACUAUAUUUUCCAAAGGAAAUGAAGGGGUUGUCCAGAAUCCCGUUGCAACAUUGUGCACUGCUCCGUGGUGGAGUGGUGGCUUUGUGUCUCAAUCUAUGGCUUAUGCUGAACCUUUUGGACAAGUGAAAUCUGCAUCGGUGGAGCAGCCGCCGCCGCCGCCUAAGGGGAAUGCGACCGAGUUCACUAUUUCCUCGGUUUCUCCUUCAGGGGAUUGCAAAUCUUCAGCAAAUGGGCAAAAACUUUCAAACAUUCAGACUGCUACUUCUGUUCGUGCAGCUAAUAUGGACUACCGAGGUCACUUUGAGCUAGGUUUUGGUCAGUCGCUGAUUUCUGCAAAAUAUCCUUAUGGAGAGCAAUGUGUCGGGUUAUUUUCAGCUUACAGUCCUCAACUCUCGGGCCGCAUUAUGCUACCACUUAAUUUGGCCUCUGAUGAAGGUCCAAUAUUCGUAAAUGCUAAGCAGUAUCAUGGAAUACUUAGGCGUCGAAAGUCUCGGGCUAAGGAGAUGGAGAAAAAAGCUCUUAAACCACGCAAGCCAUACUUGCAUCUCUCUCGCCAUCUCCAUGCUUUGCGCCGUCCUAGGGGCUGUGGUGGCCGCUUCUUGAACACAAGGAACAUGAAUGGAACUAUGAAGGAUGGAAAAACCAACGAUACAUUCAGGGCAAGCGAUGUUCAAAACUUUUACCCCACCGGAUCCCAAAAUUCUGAAGUGCUGCAGUCUGAUAGCAGCAAUUUGAGCUCACCGAAAGAAACAAUCAACAGCAGAUUCUACGAGUCGUCUGGGGUCACUAACAUGUACUCUAGUGGAAAUCUUGAUCCUUUUCCAUUCCAGAACCUGAGGCCGCUUCAGGUUCAGGCAAUACCAGACAUGAUGAAUACUGGACUCGGCAUUCUCAUGACCGAUAAGUGGGUUGGAACAGCAGAUAGCUGUUGCAACCUCAAAGUUUGAUAGCCUUGGCUUGAGAACGAGGUCAGGUGUCACGACUUAGAGCCUGGCCUCAUCCGUGCUGCAACCUAAUGCAUGCAUACGCAUUUUGUUGCUUGCAAAUUGGCGGAUCAUCCUUGGCUAUCAUGGGCAGUUCAUCCUUGGCUCAGCAUUAACGCAGCUGCCUCUAUCGUUCAAUUGCUAUCAAGCAUCGUUCUCGCUGUCAAGUUAAGUUCGAUUGCUAUCAAAGCAACGUGGAUGGUAAGAGGGCGCUAAAGCCUUAAUGCUAUUUAAUUUUCAGCACUUGUAGGAUAAAUAAACUUGUUUCUGGAUAUGAUGACGACGAUGAUGACCCUGUCGAUCGGGUCUUUGAUGUUGCAGUUUGUUUGGAUUACUGUUUUGUAAUGUUGGUUUGUGAAAAUACUGUGAUAUAUGUAACUGAACUUUGAUCCAAAUAAUGUGCAAAUUGGUGUGUAUCCAGACUGGGAUAAGUUGAAUGUUUAUACAGUAUUUUGUA